UGCAAGUUUUUGCAACGUCGAGGAAAAAGUUGUCUGGAUAUUUAAGUUCGGUGUAGUUGCUGUUAUAAAAUCGGGUUACACAGACAAAAUGAUAAGCUCGUGAGAACAUUUAAAACGCAAAUUUGCAUGUGCAGAUUGUAAAUUUGUUCAGGGCAGCAGCUGCUUAUGAGAAGAGUACCCCGCCCUCUCAAAAAGAAUUGCAUUUGAGCUCCCUUUUGUUCCCCAAUAGCAGCUGUUGGCCUGCCAACCCCCACCACCCACUCUUUUUUUUUUUUGGCCCAAUCGGAAAUCCGUACCCGGUUAAUCGCGUAAUUCUGGCUUCAAAAAUAGAGAAAAGAACCCAAAUCAUAUUUGAAACAAACGCAUAAUUCCUAAUAAACAUAUAAUAGCGCGCAUUUUGGCCUGUAUGCGCUGCAACACACCUUUGCCGUUCGGUUAACGUUGCCCACUAGACAACUGCAAUGGAUAGCUUGGAGAACGACCAGGAGGAGCUCCGCCACCAGCCGAGGGUCACCUUGGCGUACGGCAGUGUGGCCACCAGUUCCGGCGCACAAGAGAACCAUUCCCAGUAUGCGAUGUACUAUAAUCAGCAGAGGGACCCCCUUUCGGACAGCUACAUGCUAAUGACGCCGUUCCUCUCCAGUUCGCAGAGCCACAGUCACACUCAUUCGCCGCCCACGUACACCGCCAUGGUGCCGCCGCGUCGCGAAGAGAGCUCUGGAUUUGAGGGCAUGGCCGGGCGGUGUGACAAGUGCAGUUCGCUGGCCGGACUCUGCCGCUGCGAAUCGGUGGUGGCCAGCAGCAGUCGCUAUGCGGACUCCACACAAAACCAGUCGCAGUCGGAGGCUCAAUUCUUGGAGCAGCCUUCCUCCUCCACAACGGCGGUCGCCAAUCCGCCCGCUGUUCAUGCCAUUCCACGACCCAAGCGAAAGAAGACUGAACCUCUGACAAUGGAGCCAGAGAGUGACAAUGCCGGCGACGCGAUGGUUGCGUCCGACAGCGGCACAUGGCCAGCCGGUGCUAUAGAGGAGCACGCCAUGGACUCUGCGGCAGUCGUUUACGAGCUCCCCUCUAGUUCGCUGCAGCUGAGCAACAGCUCCUUCGAAACGGCUCCAAGUGCCGUAAAUGCUUACGAUGAUGUGACAUCUAGUGCCUCGGACACGGAGCACGGCCAGUUUGCUCAUACGCGUACCACCAACACCACGACGACAACGUCGGCGGUGCAGGCUCACAAGAAGAAGGCUAGCCGCUCCAGUGAUGCCUCCAACGCAUCAUCCAGCGCGGUAGAUACGGAUGCCACGCCGAGCACGAGUGCCCAAUCGAGAAGGCGACAGGUUAAUCACUUUUCUUAUCGCAAAGCAAGGGUUUUGGAGCCGGAAAACGAGAGCAGCGAUGACGGUUGGGAUUUGCGCGUGCACAAUCCCGCUCCACCAACUGAGCCCUCUGUGACGAUUAUCCGUGGUAGCAGGGGAUCCGUUGAGCCGGAGCUAGGUCAUACGGAUCACAACUACUACAACAGUCGCCGCGCUGUGGCGGAAGCCCCGCCGGAUAGUACCUACAUGAGGGCAGCCUCCUGCUCCACGGCCACCCAUACUACGCGUAGCGUGGAUUACGGAUCUCGCAUUGGUCAAAGGCCUGCUGCAACGGGAUCACCGUCCACAACCUCGGAGCAAGAACAGGAGCAGCACCAGCAGCUACAGCAGGUGGAGGACAGCAUUAACGAAGAACUAGGCCUCCAGCAGUCACCUGGCCAAGCCAUGCGCAGUAUGUACAGUGUUCCCGUCGAGUCUAGAAUGUCAUGGAGUCGUGCGCGUCCCUCUGAUGAUGCAGUACCGCCUAGAAAGCAUGCGCGCCUGGAACUGUCCGGAAGGUCGCGUUCCAAACUGUCCUCAACGAAUUAUAAUUCGUUUCAUCCUGGAAGGAGCAGACACCGCACCUAUGCGGAGCAAGAGAGCACUUCUAGGCGACAUCAUAUGCCGUUCCCACCAUCCUCGACGCCAACUUCAAACGGGUCUUGUGUGAUUACCUACGUCGGCCGGCCGAGAGAGAGUCAGCCCGCCGUGGAUCUUAAUCUUCCGUCCACAUCCACAGGAAGGCGUGGCAGCCACGAGACCCGUGCCGAUUCUGUAGUCUUGACUGCACCAGACUUGCAGCUGGAUGAUUGGUCAUCGGACGACGAUGAUGAUGACGUAGUAUUUGUGCACUCCACUCGUGAGCCCAUACUCUCGAUCGAUUUGACUUCAGAUGACGAUGGCUUAGCUACUGAUAUGCAACUGCAGAGGGAUAGGGAGAGGGGCCGUGAAAGAGAGCGGGAGCGAGAAAGGGAUCGGGAACCAUAUCGAAAUGACACUCAACCCAACCCGGAGGAACCGAGUGAUGAAAGGAGACCGAUGUUUGACUGUGCUUACACAUUCCCCUAUGCCCGCAGGACAGAUCGUCGCACCGAAGCGAAUAAUGAUGGCACCUCGGCAUUUGCAUUUUAUAGUGGCGCUCUGGCUGAUCGGGCUGCCAUUUCGGAUCACAACUACAGCUACGAGCUAGACCAGCUGAUGGAUCCCGGCGCUGGUCAUUUUUACCCGCCCCGCUGCUCCAGCAUGGAUCCCCAGCGCUACUUCCUUCCGAUCAACGAAUCCUCUAUGUGGAUGCCAGGCCAUCCCUCGGCUCCACAGCCACCGCCGCCCCCGAUGCCACCUAUCCUGUUGCCUGACAACUCUUCCACUGAGGCAUAUUUACGUCAUCAGCAAAGAAAUCUUACCUCCACUCCAACCAGCUCCUCCAGCGAGCAGACACCAACGCAGCAAUCCCGUCACAGGCGAAGUAGUCCGGCGAAUGUGUAUCACCGCUACCAUCCGUACUAUUAUGCAAUCACAACGCUGCCAACGGUGGUGGAGUCGGACUACCCACCCAGUCUUCAGCCUCACCCUCACCCUCAUUUUCAGCCCACUCAAGGUGGGAGCAGUCGCAGUUCUUUAAGUGGAGCUUUGAAUGCGGCUGCAGUGGCAGCCACAGCGGCGGCGGUACAGGCACAAACUUUCAGUGAUUUGCUCUCGCAGGCUCAUAAUGAGGGACGCGCUGCUGCAUUGGAAGGCAAUCGGACACCUCCACAUGCCAUGGUGCACUCCCAACAGCAGCAGCAGCGGCAAUCCAUUAAUCCACCCGCGCCAGCAGUAGUAUCGAAUGCAAACCUGGCGGCAGCUGUUUCUCCGCCACCUCCGCUUGAAAUGUAUUCCGGACGGAGCACCAUACCGCAUUGCGGAUCUCCGCCUUUUAGUGUGCGACGCUCUGAGGCUGCAUAUAGCAAUAGACAGCACUAUCAGCCGCAGCCGCACCAAGGCCACCAGGCACCGCAAAACCAGAUGCACGCCCACAUUCAUCCCCCUCACCGGGCUAGCGCUAUUGUGGCCACCUCGCUGACGCCGGCUCCACCGUACCCGGUGCAUCAAAAUCUGUGGUACCGUCAGCAAAGCAUGCAGGAGAUGCACCGUCGCCACAUGACGCCCACGCCCAUCGAUCUUUCAUCGAAUGCUCCGCUCUUGACGAGCACGCUGCGAAACGGGUACCUGCAUAGCAUCUGCAGUUGUGUUCAUGCUCGAAACGGUCCCGUUUCAAGCCUGGAUCCCGCCUACUAUCCGCCGUACGACGCCGCAACUGCAGCGGCUGCUCCUCCACCAUCUCCGCAACAACAGUCGCCUGCUACAUCCGAGGGUGCUAGUGGUAGCGGGGCAGCACAAGCGAGAAUGAGACACCUGCAGCUUCAGCCUCAACAGCAGCCGCAAUCCCAGCAAUCGCCACCGGUAAUGCAGCAUUUGCACCGACAGCGGGCGAUUCACCACCACAUGUUCCACCACCACUACUCGCCGCUACAUCUGGAGAUUGGGCUGGCCCCCCUCUCUCUGGGCUCCCGUAUCCUAAUCGGACCACCUCGUCCAAACCGGGGAGCUACUUUGGAAACCAUCGAGAGGAAUACCUUGCCACACAAAUAUCGACGCGUACGGAGACCCAGCGAGUCGGAUGAGGAUGCCGAGAAGUGCGCCAUUUGCUUAACCCUCUUUGAGAUUGAGAACGAAGUUCGCCGCCUGCCGUGCAUGCAUCUAUUUCACACGGACUGCGUGGAUCAGUGGCUGGUCACGAACAAGCACUGCCCCAUUUGUCGCGUCGACAUCGAAACCCACAUGCCAAACGACGCCCUUGCCCCCAGCUCCAGUGGAGUCACAGAUGCCGCCAAUUCCGCUGCCUUAUGACAUUGUGUCCACGGCAUCUUCAUGUAAAUCCCUCAGACUGAGUUGGUUUUCGGCAUGCAUCGAUAUAAAAACAAAGAAUGAAAUAUUCGUAAUAACCCCAUAUACAAACCUUAAAAUGUUUAACCCACCGCAACGCAUGUAAAAGGCAGUUGCCACCGUUUGCUGCCGUGUUGCGCUGAAAGAUAUCAAAAAGCUAAAUUCGUUUUGGCUCAAUUUCUACAUCUAAGUAUAUUAAGUGAUUCGGCAAAUAAUUUCCUACACAUAUGUACAAAUUGUCUACGUUUUGUGAAACAAAAUUCUUGUGAUAAGAAUUUCAUAAAUAUGCGUAUAUUGUUAUAGUAUAGAGUUCCCACGACGGGCGUAUAUGAUGACUUUGACCCCAGCUUGUUGUUAUAUUUUUAAUGAUCACACAAAAUACCAUAUAACAUCGGACCCAAAAUUUAAGCGUUUAGAAAUCGAUUCGGCAAUUUAUUCUGAUCCUUUUCUGAUUAUAUAUUUAUCACCAUGCGUAAUUAAUUUGAAGGAUUUAAAAUUUGUAUGAUUUCGCUUCAUUAUUUAACAAAUUUUGUUAUGUUUUGAUUAGUCACAAAAAUGUAAAGGAGAAUAAUAUUUUAUUAUAUAUUAUUAUAAUACACAUAUGUUAAAUUUAAUACAUUACCGAUUAUUGCUCAAUA